ACGUUGAGCCCCACCAAGAGUGAGCGGGACAGUAUCGACAACACCACUUCAACCAACGUCACCAUGUUGCAGUUCAAUCUCCUUGUCGCUCAGAAGGCGCCCCAAGCCGACCUCUACCCAGCGCUCAUCGCUAGCAAUGUAGUCAACACGCAUGCUUCCUUCGAUGUUACACCCGUCGCCGUCGCCUUCGAGGAUGCCGAAUUUCUCGACAAAUCCAACAAGGCAUCUACCAUCGGAAUCCAGUUCGAGGCCGAGGAGGUAAUUUACGGAGCUGAAGCAGUUCUCAAGAAGCUUCUGGCAUCAUUCCCGAAGAUCCUCGGUGGUGCCAGCGAGGAGCAGGAGAACCACUGGGUUACCUUCGGUCUCACUCGUCUCGGCGGAAAGGACUUCAAGGUCACUUCCGCUGCUCUCGAGGAGCUCAACAACCACCUCAGUUUGCGCACCUUCCUGGUCGGAUACACUGAGACCAUCGCCGAUAUCACCGUCUACGGUGCGCUCAGUGCCAACGGUCAGGCUAUAUCCGCGAUCAAGCGUAACCACCUGCCGAACCUGGUCCGAUGGUUCAAGUACGUCAGCGCAAUCGACAGGAUUGGUCGCGUAGUUGAGGACUUCAAGGCGGAGUUGUCGUCCAAGAAGAAGACAAAGAGCAAGGAGUCGAACUUUGAGAUUGGAUUGUUGGACACCGAUAAGGGUGUUGUGACACGAUUCCCUCCGGAGCCCUCGGGAUACCUUCACAUUGGUCACGCAAAAGCUGCCAUGCUUAACCAAUACUUUGCUGAGCACUACAAGGGCAAGCUGAUCAUUCGGUUCGACGAUACCAACCCCUCGAAGGAGAAGCAGGAGUUCCAGGACAGCAUCUUGAAAGAUCUUGAGCUUUUGGGCAUCAAGGGAGAUGUCAUUACCUACACCAGUGACUCGUUCGACCGGCUCUACGAGCAGGCUAUCAAACUAAUCAAGUUGGGCAAAGCCUACUGUGACGAUACUAUUCAGGAGCAGAUGCGUAAAGAGCGAAUGGACGGUAUCGCCAGCAAGAACAGGGAGCGAAGCAUCGAGGAGAACCUGCGCAUCUUCGAGGAGAUGGCCAAGGCCUCCGAGGAGGGUGUCAAGAACUGCCUUCGCGCUAAGAUGUCUGUCGACAACCCCAACAAGGCCAUGCGUGACCCAGUCAUCUACCGCUGCAACCCCGCGACUCAUCACCGUACUGGUGAUAAGUACAAGAUCUACCCCACCUACGACUUCGCCUGCCCUCUAGUUGACGAGUUUGAGGGUGUCACACACGCGCUCAGGACCAUUGAGUACCGUGACCGAAACCCCCAGUACUGGUGGUUCCUGGAUGCUCUUAACUUGAGGAAGGUCCACGUCUGGGACUUUUCCAGGCUCAACUUCAUCAAGACUGUUCUCAGCAAGCGGAAGUUGGCAUGGUUCGUAGAUGAGGGUAUUGUCGGUGGAUGGGAUGAUCCUCGUUUCCCGACUGUUCGCGGUAUCCGCAGACGUGGAAUGACCAUCGAGGCUUUGAAGCAGUUCAUUCUGUCUCAGGGACCCUCCAAGAAUGUCGUCAACCUUGACUGGACCAUCAUUUGGGCCAUGAACAAGAAGGUCAUUGACCCUGUCUCCCCCCGUCACACGGCUCUGUUGAAAUCUGGAUUGAUCACUGCGAACCUCGUUGGAGGUCCUGAGACUCCCGUGACUGAGGACAAGCCCAAGCACGUCAAGAACGACGCUGUCGGCAAGAAGAAGGUUGUCUUCGGUUCUUCGGUUCUGCUCGAGCAGGCUGAUGCCCGCAGCUUCAGCGCAGGUGAGGAAAUUACACUAAUGGGCUGGGGCAACGCCUUCGUCACCAAGAUUGUGCGGCCCGACCCUGCCGGCGACGUCACCGAGCUCGAGCUCAAGCUUCACCUCGAGGGAGACUUCAAGAAGACGGAUAAGAAGGUCACAUGGCUCGCUAAGGACCAGAACCUCGUUGAUGUCGAGCUCGUCGACUUCGACUACUUGAUCACCAAGGACAAGAUCGAGGAGGACGAAGACUUCAAGGCGUUCGUCAACAAGGCAACUGAGUUCAGGGAGACCGCCGUCGCCGACUGCAACAUUGCCGACGUCAAGGAGGAUGAAGUCUUGCAGUUUGAGCGCAAGGGUUACUACAGGUGUGAUGCGCCGGCGAAGGAUGGAAAGCCUGCGGUGUUCUUCUGUAUUCCUACGGGUAAGGAGAAGAACUCGAAAUAGAUCUAGAUUUAUUUCGUGUUUCGGGACUAGAUAUCUUCCAUAGUUUCGUUCUGUCAAAUUUCAGAGGUUGCGAACAAACAAUCAGACGAUUAUCGCGAAGAUGUAGAUUUUCUGUGCAUCUCAACACGUGCUUCCGUGACCAUCCCACUUGUCAUGAAAUACGAAAUCUGUGCUGCCGGACCGAAGAUAGACAUGGUAAUUCUCCCGACCGUGGCAUUGGGAUCGCACGUAAGGCUAGCCACGUG